AUGGAAAGCAGGAAGGAGAUGGUGAUGUUUCUGGAAGGAAGUCCCCUCGGGCCGCUGGUGAGCAAGAGGGCGCCGGCCUUGGCUGAGAGCGGGGCCAGCCCGGCUCAGGAGCCCCUGGACAAGAUGAUUCACAGGAGCUGCCUGAGCCCCAGGACCUCCCGGGGAGGAGGAGGAGGAGGAGGAGGAGGAGGAAGGCUGGACGAGGUGGAGGACGAGGAGGACGAGGAGGAUGAAGAGGAGGAGGUGGAAGUGCUGCCGGGGACAGGGACGGUCUCGGAGAGCCGCUCCGCCGCCGCGCUCCUCUCUGCCGGCCAGCAGCCCCCCCUCAACCGCCUGGCCGCCAAAGGCCAGCAAAGCAGCUCUGACACCGAGUCGGAUUUCUAUGAGGAAAUCGAGGUGAGCUGCACCCCGGACUGCGCCGCGGGCAACACCGAGUACCACCAGCACAGCAAAGGGCAGUGCUCGGACAUCUCGGCAGGCAGCCCCAGCAGCGGCGGGGACCCCCCCAAAGGCAGCGGCGGCAGCGGGGGAGGUGGCGGCCCUCAAGGCUCGCUGGCCUGCAGCGCCAGCGAUCAAAUGCGCCGCUAUCGCACGGCUUUCACGCGCGAGCAAAUCGCCCGCCUAGAGAAGGAGUUCUACCGGGAGAACUACGUCUCCAGACCCCGGAGAUGCGAACUGGCGGCAGCCUUAAAUUUGCCGGAAACCACCAUCAAGGUGUGGUUCCAGAAUCGCCGGAUGAAGGACAAGAGGCAGCGCUUGGCCAUGACUUGGCCCCACCCGGCAGACCCGGCCUUCUACACCUACAUGAUGAGCCACGCGGCGGCCACCGGCAACCUGCCCUACCCCUUCCCCUCCCACCUGCCCCUUCCGUACUACUCCCACAUGGGCCUGGGCGCCACCUCGGCUUCUGCCGCCGCCGCCGCCCCCUUCAGCUCGCCUCUGAGACCGCUGGAUACCUUCCGCGUCCUCUCCCACCCGUACCCGCGGCCCGAACUGCUCUGCGCCUUCAGGCACCCAUCGCUCUACGCCGGCCCGGCACACGGGCUGAGCGGCGCCGGAGGGAGCCCCUGCAACUGCCUGGCGUGCCACGGGGGGCAGGCCAACGGGCUGCCCCAAAGGCCUUCGGGCUCGGACUUCACCUGCUCGGCCACCACCCGGACGGACUCUUUCCUCACCUUCACGCCCUCCGUGCUGAGCAAGGCCUCCUCGGUCGCCCUGGACCAGCGGGAAGAAGUCCCUCUGACCAGAUAA